CUCAUCAACUUGACUGGCCCCAAGCGAGGGAUUGAUUUUCUGGGUGGUAUUUUAAUCGAAUACGACAUGAGGAUCAAGACUGCUGAACCAGAAAAUCAUGAUCUACAGCUGAUCGAUGGGGUAUCAAUUCUAGGCAACAUGGGCAUGCGGAAUCGUAGUGUGUUCACGGGUCGCAUCCAUGGUGAUUGUGGUGCUGUUGACAUAACUUUUUCAAAUCUUGAAAAUGCAGUUGAGGCAACUGUAGAAGUUGCCAUAUCAGAAGUGCAAAGCAGUUUCAAUCUGUCUCUCGACUGUUUUACCAGUGGGUUGAAUGAACAAAUUCGGCUCUUCGAUGGCACCAUUGGUGAGGCGCAGAGUUUAAAAAGGUUUGUGGUUGCUGUGGUGAUAGAUUUUUGGAUACACUUGAAGUUCAAGGUUGCCCCGAAGCGAUCCAGUUCCGCUGAACAUGAUUGUUUCUUCAAUGCUGGCAACAUUGCAUUAAUGUCAGUAAAGGUGACCUGGUCGCCAUUGCCCGAGGGGUUCUAGGUUUUAUUUCAAUUCACGACACCCUUGGAUAAACUUUGUCGAAUAGUUGUGAAUGUAACAAGCUGUAAAUAGGCAGUCAAGUCGUGGACCUACAGCCUAAAUUUAGGUGUGGCGAACAUGUGUCCAAGUAUGCAUUUGUAACUCUUCUCUGUAUGUGUAUUUGA